AUGGAAGCCAAAGCUCGUGAAACGGAGUUGAACAUAGACAAAUGCAGUACCAGGGAAGAAGCCCUGAAAGUUGCUAUCACUGCCAUUGAGUUGUACUUGAGAGUUUUAAAGCAGGCACAGGUGACUGGGGAUGUCGAAAGGGCAAGGAUUAAUCGCAAGUGCAAGGCAUUGAUGUUGAAAGCAGAAGAGAUCAAAAAGUCAUCCACUUGGCCCAUAAAGCCGCGCGCAAUCUUCUCCAAAGCUCCGAUAUCCGAACGACCAUUGAAUAAACAUGAAGAACUUAUUUUACUCGAGGGAUCAAGAUUACAUGGAUUCCUUUUCCCACGUUGGACCUCUGAGCCCGAUGAUUCUAUAUUCGAGACAACAUCUUUAUAUACAGAUCCUUCGGAGCUGAAACUUUCCGAGGCUCAGAUUGAAACCUUUGCGGGUUGGAAGAGACCUCAAGAGAGGGACGGUGUUCCUUCCCAGAUGUUGAAAGAUGUGGAAUUUGACGAAAUUUUGAUGAAAGCCUCUAAAGAUAUCGACCUUGUCCAGGAUAUAACUACAGAUUGUUCAGUCGUAGCCAGUCUUUGCGCGGGGACGGCGCGUGCUUCCAAGGGUCAUAGCAAGGUACUGGCUACUAUUCUACGUCCAUUUGAUGUACAACAGCAGAGGCCGAAGUCAUCCAAAAAUGGAAAAUAUAUCCUCCGUCUUCAGUUCAAUGGCUGUUAUAGGAAGGUAACAAUAGACGAUCGGCUACCAGCUUCAAAUUCUGCUCGCAGUCUUCAUGUUGUAGAUAGAAAUAAUCCUGCAUUACUGUGGCCUGCAUUAGUUGAGAAGGCAUAUCUUAAGGUACGAGGUGGCUAUGAUUUUCCGGGCUCAAACUCUGGUACAGAUUUAUGGAUAAUGACGGGAUGGAUCCCCGAGCAAAUAUUUCUACAGAGUGACGAGAUUCAGUCCGAGUUGCUAUGGAAGCGUGUCUACAAGUCUUUGGAGUUCGGUGAUGUCAUGAUUACGUUGGGAACUGGUAAGCUGACCAGAAGAGAGGAAUCUGAUUUGGGCCUGGUUGGUGAGCAUGAUUACGCCAUAUUAGACAUGAGGGAAUCCGGAUCUCAGCGAUUACUACUCGUCAAAAAUCCCUGGUGCGAUGGCAUGGCUUGGAAAGGACCCAGACGCAGACCAGCUGAGGAGAAACCAGAAACAAAUACUUGGACGGAGGACCUCCGCGAAUCACUCGAGGAAACUGAUACUGAGAGCAGCUACACAAAGCCAGGAACAUUUUGGAUGGCAUUCGAGGAUGUCAUACAAAAUUUCGAAUCUUUGUAUCUCAAUUGGAACCCUGGUCUGUUCCGGCAUAGACAGGAUCACCAUCUUUCCUGGACCAUUCCGCAUAUAAAUACCACCGGCACGUUUACCCAAAAUCCCCAAUAUGUCGUCCAUUCGACUCGAGGAGAAACCGUCUGGGUAUUGCUUAGUCGUCAUUUCACCACAGAAGAACACGAUAUUGCUCAACGUUCAAGCACUGAAAGCACAACAUCAAGUUCCCUCGGCUUCAUUGGCCUAUACGUCUUUGACGCUUCCGGACACCGCGUUUAUUUAAGCGACGGCGCCAUCCACCGCGGCGCCUACGUCGACUCUCCCCAAACUCUCGCGCGUUUCGACCUGCCCGCAAACACUCCUUACACCGUCGUAGCCGCCCAACAAAAUCUCCCUCUCCCAAAAUACUCUUUUUCGUUCUCCUUCUUCUCCCGCUCCCCCCUUACCAUCCAUUCCGCCCCGGACAGUCUCACCUUCAGCACCUCUCACAACGGCUCUUGGACCCCUCGCACAGCAGGCGGUAACGCCAGCGCACCUUCCUACCCCUCUAAUCCUCAAUUCAGCAUUUCCGUCCAAGAACUCACAGAUAUGAUGCUAGUGCUCGAAGCCGACAGAGAAGACAUCGCCGUCCACGUAACCAUGAUAUGGGCCGACGGCGAACGGGUGACUGUCAUCAAUUCCCGCGACAUAGUUGGCGGAUCCGGCGAUUAUCGACGCGGCUGCGCUCUCGCAGAUUUACGCAACGUGACCGCAGGAAAAUACACAAUCGUGUGCUCUACAUUCCAAGCUGGCGAAACUGGAAACUUCGUCCUGCGCGUUAAAUCCUCCAGUCGCUGUGAGAUACGACCGGUUCUAGCGGAAACUGCUGGACGUCUAGUAACGAGACUACCGGCCCUCGUCUUCCCAGAUGACGUAGACAGAACGUUAGCACCGGUAACCGUAUCCCGAUUGACACGUUUAAGAUUUGUAGCGAGAGCUGGUAAUGGGCUCGGCCGAACCAUUCCGCCCAAAUCCCGACCAUCUCUUCGAGUGAGCAUAGAAAGAGGUCAAGGACCAAAUAAAGCACUCCUCGAAUCUUCGAGUGAGGGAGAGUUCAGCGAUGCCCCAGCUGGUAUCCGCACAUCGGAUAUAGAUAUCACCCCAGACAUGACUCGGAUGGGUGGCAUCUGGGUUGUGGUUGAGCGGUUGGGUGGAAGGCUUGGAUAUGAUGAUGUUUUUGUAGAAGCGUUGAGUGAUGCUCAAAUCUCUAUAGGGGUUUGGGGAACAGGCGAUGGCUAA